AUGUGGGAGGGAAUGCACACGCAGCUGCCUGGCACCGGUGCCAGAGAGGACGAGUACCAACUCCUGCGCUCGAUUGGCAGCGGCUCCUUUGGUCAGGUCUUUCUUGUUCUCCACAAGGAGGAGAACCGCGAGUUCGUGAUGAAGAGCAUCGACUUGCACUCGGCUUCAGAUGAUGGCAGGCAGCAGAUGGAGCUGGAGGUGCAACUGCUGCGAACGAUGCAGCACCCGAACAUCGUUGCAUACCGGGACUCCUUCAUUGACCGCACAGGCCACCUCUGCAUCCUCAUGGAGUACUGCGAGCACGGUGACAUCUUCACCUACUUGCAAGAGGUCCGUCGCACGAACUCGGCCCCGGAAGAAGGCAGACUUCUCGAGUGGUUCACGCACAUCGUCUGGGCCCUCCAGUCCCUCCACCAGCAGAAGAUCCUGCAUCGAGAUUUGAAGACGCAGAACAUCUUCUUGACUGGCAACAGGCAGCAGAACAUCCUGGCGGCGAAGCUCGGCGACUUCGGCAUCGCCAAGGUCUUGACAUCAACGGCAGACCUGGCCAAGACGCAGAUCGGGACUCCGUUCUACAUGUCCCCAGAGCUCAUCAACAGCCACCCCUACAGCUACAAAAGUGACGUUUGGGGCCUCGGCUGCGUCCUCUACGAGGUGGUCAACGGCCAUCGCGUGGGGAUGCCAAGAACCAAAGACAUACCAAUAAGAAAUGAGUACGAAUGUUCGAUGUAA